AUGACCAACCAGCGGCCAGACAGGAUGAAAUGUCGAAAACAGGAAGCGCUGAAAUACGUGCUCAACCUCAAGUGGUGGUUGAAAGAUGAGGAGACGGAAAAACUGGGGUCGGAACGGAAAUACUUUUAUGACGUGGCUGUCUGGUCACUUUUCCAGCAGCGCAAUCAAGUCCUUUAG